UUCCCGGUUGGCCGUAUUCAUCGUUAUUUGAAAAAGCGAACUCUGAAUAAUGCACGUGUUGGCGCGAAAGCUGCCGUUUAUUCAGCUGCUAUUCUAGAAUAUCUUACAGCAGAAGUUCUCGAAUUAGCAGGAAAUGCGUCUAAAGAUCUGAAAGUCAAACGUAUCACGCCACGUCAUCUACAAUUAGCAAUUCGAGGUGAUGAAGAACUAGACACGCUGAUUCGAGCUACAAUCGCUGGUGGUGGUGUUUUACCA